GGUCGCGAGAAUGAAGCAAGCGACGAGAAGAGCGCUGCCAAAAAGUCAGGAUCGGUGCAUCGGAACGAGAUGCCGCGUUGAGCCUUGACAUUCAGACCCAGUACAUGAUUCUACUCUAAAUGACGUCCCUCCGUCCAGAUCUCGAACGGGGACUUGCUAUUGCAUGAUGACUCCCUCUGAUGCUCCAUCGAGCGACGCGUCUCAUCCAGAUCGCUUCGCACCCGAUUACCCACCCAUUUGCUCUCUCCAACCUCAGCUUCCCGAGCUGGAAGAAGGAGAAUCAUUGGACGAAUAUAACAGGUCAAUAAUUGGCAGACCUUAUCAAGGUUUUGACCCUUUCCUCGUGAGAGCAAGAGAGAUCUGCUAUGAUAAGCUGGACAAGUUCAACUCGCCCACCCUCAAGGGGACAGAGAGACAGGCUUUCCUAUCGGGGCUGGUCAGUCUGACCGUGAGAAAUCCUAGGGGUCAUACCGAAUCUGUGGCUUUAACAUCAAGUUUCAAGUUUGGGAGAGAGAUUUAUGUCGGGCCAGGAUGUACCUUCAUCGAUGUCGCUCCUAUCUGUAUUGGAUCCCGGACACAGAUUGGACCCAAUACCGAGAUAUACACUUCCAAUCAUCCUAUCUCGCCCGAAGAACGAAAUGGCUGCUGUGGUCCUGAGACUGGAGAGCCAGUAAUCAUCGGUACAGAUGUAUGGAUCGGAGCGGGAUCCAUCAUCCUUCGUGGUAUCACUAUUGGGGACGGAGCAGUCGUAGGCGCCGGAAGCGUCGUCACGAGAAAUGUAGAAUCUCGGACAGUCGUCGCUGGAAACCCGGCGAGGCUCUUGAAGAGGAUAGAAAAGGAUGGUCGGGUGACAGAUGUCAGGGGCACUGGAGGUGUCUCAAGCUAUCUCCAGGGUGUACAAGUUGCUUAGCCUUCAGUCUCAGACGCACUCCUCCAACACGACAAGGCUUUUCCUCAGCCCGUAGUCGAGCAACGCAAAGAUGAUCUGCGCGGGAAAAUCCUGAUCCGAGUGUAAAGUAGCUCAAGCAAUGUAGUCACAGAGGCGAGGUGCAUCCUCUCUCCAGGCCAUAUUGUCUCGACA